UCCCUUUGACUUCCCUUUGACUUCCCUUUGACUUCCCUUUGACUUCCCUUUGACUUCCCUUUGACUCCCCUUUGACUUCCCUUUGAUUUCCCUUUUGACUUCCCUUUUGACUUCCCUUUUGACUUACUUUAAAUUCCCUUUUGAAUUACCGUUUACUUGCCGUCGACUUCAACUUUCACCCAACAUUGCCAUCCGCCAAUCGCCAAAGCCCCCAAUUCCCUGCCCACUUCCAACUGCCAAACUAUAGCCCUAUUACUAUGGGACUCACACCACAGGAAUUCUGUGAGAACCUAGCUCGAAAGCGAACUAGUUUUAGCCACGACGAACAAAUUAAAUAUACGGAAUCUAUCUCUCAGACAUAUUACUUUACCUACAAUGCAUCUCCGACAAAACAACAGAGAAUCGUUAGACGCCGUCUUCAAGAUAUCCGGCAAAUAAGUGACUAUAUCUGGAUCCUAGUGGCUAUCACUUUCACUUUUACCAGUCUUGCACAUCUUUGUGACUUUGAUAAAUGCUUAAAGAUGAUUGAGUCUUGGCUGAACAAGUAUCCUAUUACUCAAGAUCAGGACGAAAGUGCCCGUGCUAGACUACAACCUUUGGACAACAAGAGGGAGGAUGUGAUUAAUGGUAAGUAAUAGAGCUACGAUUAAAGCGAACCUAACAUCAUUAAGAUGGGCAAAAGUUGGGGAAGAAAGUUCCCCGGAGGAAUGUGCCAAUAAAGAAUUCCCCAAUAUC